CAAACGGUAACAACUUUAACAGAAGUGAGUGUCGCGACUGUUAAUGUUAGACUGUGUGUCAUACUAACAAAUGUACACCGUGGAGAUAGAUAAGCAGAGCCUGACUGCAGUAAUGGACCACGAAAAAACUAUUUGGAUAAAAGAGGAAACAAGUGAGAUAUCAGGUUCACCAGGUUCCAUUGUCCAGGUAUACCCCUGUAGUGUGAAAAUAAAGGAAGAACCACAGGAGACUGGGAAUCAAGAGUUACUUCAAGAUCCAUUAAAAAUUGAGGCUCCAUUUUACAACACAAAGGAAGAUCCAGGACUGAAAUUGAAUGCGAGUCUCUCUGAACAUAGUUAUCUGGAAGACCCAUUUAUAGCCUCGGGGUCCACUGAUCAUAUUAAGGAGGAUUCAGUACUAAAUUUAGGAGCAGAAGAAAUUGAGACUUUUAUGUUCAGCAAUCCCGAAUUGAAUCCUCUGGGAGUUAAGAUGGAGGAGGUGGAAGCCUCAACAAGAUAUGCAUCUGAUAGUGCAAGAUUGACUCAGACUACUGGUGGGAGCUGUGGCAUAUCAUGUGAAGGAAUUUGUCACCAUGGGCUGGUCCAGGAUGAUUCGGUGAUAGACGAGGAGAAGUCAACACAUGAGUUUGGUACAGAAAAUGUGAUUAUUGAUAAGGAAUACUCAGUAGCCCCCCCAUAUGACUGUAGUAAGAGGGAAAAGGAAUUACAUCUAUAUAGCUGUGAUUUCUGCCAACAGAACUUUCCUUCAAAAUACAGACUCAUAAUGCAUGUGUUUAUGCACAUUGAUGGCAUGCAACCACCUUUGUAUGUUUGUAAGUGGUGUGGUGAGGUAUUUCACAGUAAGGUUAGUUUGAAAACACAUUUGAGAAUGAGAGAGAAUUAUCAUGGCUUAACUGCUUGCCACCAUGAAAAAUAUGACUAUAGUGAUGAGCAUCAAAGCAGUAUCUUCUUGGAUAGUGAGCCAGAAGUUUCUGUUACAGAACACAUUGAACAGUCUUCAUAUAAGGAAACGUGGAAAACUUCAAAGAAGGCCUCUAAUGACAUGUGUAACACACACAAGACAAAUGAUGCAAUAAGUGCUUAUGGAAUUUUAUCUACAGCUGUUAAUGUCAGUGCCCAGGCUGAUCUACAUAUUGCAAACAGAACCAACAAAUGUGGUAUUUGUGCCAAAUGGUUUGCUAGGUCAGGCGAUCUGAAGACUCAUUUAUUAAUUCACACUGGAAUGAAAGUUCACAAAUGUGAGAUUUGUGGGAAAUCUUUUACUUUGUUAGGCAGUCUCAAGAAGCACACAUUAAUUCACACUGGAAACAAACCUCACAAAUGUGAGAUUUGUGGAAAAUGUUUUGCUAGAUCAGAUUGUCUCAAGACUCAUGUAUUAGUUCACACUGGAAAGAAGCCUCACAAAUGUGAGAUUUGUGCAAAAUGUUUUGCUACGUCAGGUUGUCUCAAGACUCAUGUAUUCAUUCACAGUGGAAAGAAAGCUCACAAAUGUGAGAUUUGUGCAAAAUGUUUUGCUACAUCAGGUUAUCUCACGAAUCAUGUACUAAUUCACACUGGAAAGAAACCUCACAAAUGUGUGAAAUCUUUUGCUAGGUCAGGGAAUCUCAAGAGGCAUUUAUUAAUUCACACUGGAAAGGAACCUCACAACUGUGAGAUUUGUGGGUAAUCUGUUGCUACGUCAAGCUAUCUCAACAGACAAACAUUAAUUCACGCUGGAAAGAAACCUCACAAAUGUGAGAUUUGUGGGAAAUAUUUUGCAGUCAGGCGAUCUCAAGAAACAAACAUUCAUACACACCUAGAAACGAAAUUUGUGGCAAAUCAUUUGCUAGAUCAGGUGAUCUCAAGACAGAUGCAUUAGUCCACAUGGGAAGGGGACCUCACAAAUGUGACAUCUGUGACAAAAGUUUCACUCAGUUGGGUACUUUCAAGACACAUGCAUUACUUCACAUCAGAAAGUAACUACAAGUAAUUGUUAGUUUAUGCACAUAGAUUUUCCUGGUUGGUGCCCUCAAGGCCUAUAAAAUAAUGAACGUAGUAGGGGGACAAUAAAUUGUAAUGCCUGUGAAAUAACAUUAAAGUGUGGUAGAAUUGUGAAAAAAGUGCAAUAAUGUGUACUAUAUUGAGGUAACAGAUAAUUUGAAAAACAAAAAUCCCUAUCUGU